AUGUCGAUAAACUCAGAGCAGGAAGAGCUGCAAUCAAGCGUGAACAUCGAUCUCCCUCAUUGUAUUGAGUGCGGUGGCUACGGUGUUGGAUUAAUCACGAAUCCUCAAAAGCUUUGCACGCAUUGUGCACGUAAGACCAAGGCUUUUUUCGACCCCGACGCCAACGAGUUCUGCAAGAACGAGGGCUUCGUUGAUAUAUCACCGACCGCUGACGGAGGUGUUCUCAAGAAGAUUAUUAAAGAGGGAGAAUGGAAUGGAAAGCGUAGACUUGAAGAGGGUUGUCCAACGUUUGUGCACUAUGUAGGAAGACUCUUGGACGGAUCCAUCUUUGACACAACCCGCGAUGUUAUUGAUGGAAAACACGUUGGAGGCACGGAUGACCCAUUCGAGUUUCAAUUGGGUCGAGAAAAAGUAAUCAAGGGCUGGGAUAUUGGUGUUGCGACGAUGACUGUGGGUGAGAUCGCGCGAUUUAUCAUUGCUCCAGAGUAUGGAUACGGUCAUGCAGGGUUUGCGCCGAAGGUAGAGCCAGACGAGACUCUCGAUUUUGAGAUCGAGCUACUCAGUUUUAAGGAUCCGCUUCCUCGCUUCCCGACGCAAGCCGAGCUAGCAGAAUCUCGCAAGAAACAGAUUGAAGAGGACAAGAAACUAUUAGAAGAGAAUCCACCGCCAACGGUCGAUGAGCGUAUCACAAGUGCGUUGGAGCAAAAGGAGAAGGGCAAUGCGUUAAUCGCCCUGAAGAACUACGAUCAAGCUCAAAAAUGUUACGACUCCGGUUUUGUACACAUUUUCUAUACUAAAGAAGAAUGGGAAAAUUUUGUGUCGCAAGAAGACAAGGACAAGGUAAACAAAGUUAAGUCGGUACUGUACCUUAAUCGAGCGCUAUGCAAGAUCAAGCUUAAGAAGAUUGAGGACGCACUUUGGGAUUGUGAUCAGGCUAUUCUUCUCGAUCCGAAGAACAGCAAGGGCCACUUUCGUCGAGGUCUCGUGUUCACUGAAAAAUUAAAGGCGGAGCUUGAGAAAGAAAAGAAUGGCGAGUUUUGGAUUGUUGAUAAGGGCUUCGAGUACGCAAAUGAAGCCGAGAAGAGUCUAAAAACGGCUAAGGAUUUCACUGAAAAUUCCAGUGAUUAUAAGAUGCUGCAAGCCUUGGCUGACCUCAAACGGAAUCAUGCACUGCUGAGCAAGUAUGCUGCGAGAUAUAAAGAAGACGAGAAGAAGUUGUAUAAGGAAAAGAUCUUUGAUCGCUUGCAGGCAAAAAACAAGAAAUUGGAACAGCAAGAAAAAUUGAAAGCGGAAGCUGAGGAGUUCGACGAUAUGCCUGCACUCGAGUGA